UGUCUCAUACAAGUUCAAUUAGUCAGUACUUAGUAAGUUGUAUCGGACGAGAUUCGCUACGAUUCAUUUUUUUAAUACAAAGAAAGGCAAAUCGGCUCUAUUUACUCGAUCAUUUUGGUAUACAUGAAAAAAAUUCCGUGCUACUCAACUAAUCACGAUCAAAUUGUACAAUAAACACACGCGAGACAGUUAUCAGUAUCGUACGUCCAGCGUUCGAGUUAACAACUCGUGCGGUUUGCUGUUUUCGCGUGGCUUCGUGUCCGUCGAGCGAGCUCGUUGUCGAUCUUCCACUUACGUGAAUGUUACAGUGUAAAUCAGCAAAAUGUACAAUCCAGAGGAAAACAACGAUGAAAAUGGAUUUCAGAAAUAUUAUAUUUUCCAGAAUGACGAUGAUCAAGAUGAGAUGUCUUGUGAUAGAGAACGACAGUACCCUGGCCAUCGUACACCAGGCAAGAGGCAGAGGCGAACAAGCGAUGUGAUCGACAGUAUGGGCGAGUCGCCGCUAUUCUUGCCGGCGGCUUCCACAUCCAACAUUGCUUUCAGCGGCAUCGGCGGCCCCUCCACUCCGUCGUCGUCGUCGAUUGGCAUUGUCACGCCCCAAAGGCCAACCCACUGUCGACCCACGGUGUCGCCUGACCAAGGCUAUGGAGGUACUCCUGAGAUGAGCAAAACACAAACAUGUACCCCGGAAUGGCUGUAUAGUCAGCCAGUAUCAUCUCCAAAUUCACAACUGGAUACAUCCAUCGCUCAGUUGCCUAGUUCAAUAUUUUCACUAUCUGGAAAAUUAGAAGUAGUUGAGGAUGCUAAUAGUCUUUCUAUAUCAGCCUCUGCACGCAUGACAGUACACAGAGACUCUGAAAUUUAUAAUAUGCAACAUAAAAACAGAGGAAAGUGUGUAAUUUUUAACCACGAGAACUUCACCACUGGAUAUGCUUCUCGUCGUGGAUCGACUUGUGACGCUCAGCGCAUUGAAGAAACUUUCCAGAGGCUUGGAUUUACUGUCGAGAUUUGCGAUGACUAUGAGCUCUCAGCCAUCACAAACAAAAUUAAUGAAUUGAGUGGAGAAGAUCACACCGACAACGAUUGUUUGUGCAUUUUUUUGUUGACCCAUGGAAUGGGGUAUGAUAUGAUCUCAGCAAAAGACGCACUCUACAAGAGUGAGAGCAUUUGGAAGCCUUUUACUGCUGACAGAUGUAGAACCCUUGCUGGCAAGCCAAAGCUAUUCUUCUUUCAGGCUUGUCGAGGAGAUAAUCUCGAUAGUGGAGUUCAACUGUUUGGGACAGGAAUAUCAAGGACAGAGACAGACUCUUUCUCGUACGGCAGUGACUCUUAUAAAAUACCAAGCCAUGCCGACUUUUUAUUUGCACACAGUACUGCACCAGGAUUCUACUCGUGGAGAGAUCCAUUAAUGGGCACGUGGUACGUGCAAAGUUUAUGUGAUAUUCUUGACCAGUAUGCAGCAACAACAGAUCUCGUCAAAAUGUUGACAAUGACUGCACGGAAAGUCGCGAUACAUUACGCAAGUUGUCAUGAAUAUGACCCCACGCUCAAUGAUCAAAAACAGGUUCCCACUGUUACAUCAAUGCUGAUAAGGGAUCUUUACUUUACACCAAAAAGUCAAUGAGUGCAAUUAUAAGAAAAUGCAUACAUUGAUAUUCAAUUUGUUACGAGAUUGUGCAGAUAAAAUGUUUAUUUUUCUUUUGUUUUAAAAUAAUGCAUUUUGUUGCUAUACAUGCUUUCUUUUGACAGAUAUUUUAGCGUAAAUGAAACAUUUACUUUUGAAUUAAUUUUGCGUUCAUUGGAAAUAUUUUUUUAUGCGUGCAUUGCACUGGUAUUUAUUGGAUGAUACUGAAUAAGCUUUUCAGAAAUAAAUCUUUAUAACGUUUCUAGUUAACUAAUUAAUGUUUGUAGUUACAUGAUACGUAUUUUUUAAUAAUCAUUAAUAGGUUAUGUGAAUUGUUUUUCAUCAAUCGACACUUAAUUAUUUAUAUUCAAGAGUUGUCCUUCGAUAAAGCCUUUUCGUAAAAUUAGUAUCGCGAUUCAACACAGCAAUGGCAAACAAAAUGAUGUUAUUUUUCUGUAAUUUUUUAAAAAUUUUUUGUGUUUUUUUGUGCACAAGAUACGUAUGCGUUUGUCUACUCAUAGAAA